UAUUUCCGUACACAAACGCUCUGCUGAUGACGUGUACACCCCAGCACCGUUAGCUAGCUAGCUACCUGUCAGAAGUAAAGGUAACGUUUUAAUAGAAAGAGAUAAACACAGCGUUUCAACUCAGUACUGAAGAUGGAGACGCUCUAUCAUCAGACAAACAAGCACAUCCAAGAGGUGCAGUCUCUUAUGGGAGAUCUGGAGAGGACGGACCGUCAGUCAGUACACUUGUUAGAGAACGAGCUGCAGGCCAGAAUUGACCAGAUCUUCAAUCACUUAGAACGACUUGAGAUCCUAGCCAGCAAGGAACCACCAAACCGCCGCCAGAAUGCCAAAUUACGAGUGGACCAGCUUAAAUACGACGUUCAACACCUUCGCACGGCCCUGCAAAACUUCCAGCACCGGCGCUACGCCAGAGAGGCCCAGGAUAGAGAGAGGGAGGAACUCAUGAGCAGAACCUUCACCACCAAUGAUGCAGAUACUUCCAUUCCCAUGGAUGAGACCCUACAGUUAAACUCCAACCUGCACAAUGCACACAGAGGCAUGGACGACCUCCUGGGCAGCGGUAGUGGCAUCCUGAACGGUCUCAGAGAUCAAAGAUCUACGCUGAAGGGCACUCAUAAGAAGAUGCUGGACGUGGCCAACAUGUUAGGGCUGUCCAACACAGUGAUGAGGCUGAUAGAAAGGCGAGCCACCCAAGAUAAGUUCAUCAUGAUCGGAGGCAUGCUGGUGACCUGCGUCUUCAUCUUCCUGGUGGUCAGAUAUCUGGGCUAACCUCCAACCAUCAAAUCAAUGACACUUUUUGACCAGCUGCGGACACUUCUUCAGCACAUCAUCCCUCAUGAUAUGAAAAGUGGCAGAACAUCCGAUUGAGGUUAUCUUUGGAUUCAUUGUGCCAUUGUUUUCAGCCAUUUAAAAAAAAAAAAAAAAUGUUCAAUUGAAAAAAGGGCAUGGUUGAAGAACUUCAAGAACAUCCUUACAGUAUUUUAUUCCACCUGAGGCCCUAAGAGAGCAUCAAACUUUAAAAUAAGUCUGCUGCUGCUUCCCUGUUCUUUUUAUUUUCUAAACCAGAACCACUCUUCAACUGCUAAUCACUGUUGUGACUCCUGGAACCUAAACGGCUUUAUAACUACAUUAAACUGAUCUCUCUACUGAACUUGCUUUCACCUCCCGUGAAAAGCUACAUUCCUGAAUCAAUCAGCAAUGUUGUCCGUCAUUCUCCCGUCAGCAGUUGAGAGAAUUACAAAGAAAUAAAUGCAGUAUGGCUCCAUGAUACUUUUUCAUUACAACAUCAAGGUUCACCCUUAAUAAUCUAUUUUAUCAUGUAUGUGUAGUUAAAGGCCGACAACAAUAAUCUGUCGGAAAUCAACAGAAGCAGCAGUUAUUUUGAAACUGUUAUACACUUCUUGGAUGUAUGCUUCUGUCUAGUCUCACUGUGUGAGUGACUUUGUUCUAUUAAUAAAAUUAAAUGUUUUCAUUUCCUUGCUAUAUUGCUGACUCAGCUAGAGACAUGGUAUGAUAUCACAUUUUGCAUUGCUGCUAGCUAGAGUCAACAGAUGAUGUUAACAUGGAUUUACAGACUUCACAUAUCUAUUCUGGGUAACUAGGGCACCAUCUAGUGUUUAAUUUGCACACAGACCUCUGCAGGGACUUCUAAGUUGUACCAGAUGAAGUGAUGCAGGUUGUUUUAUAUUGUUACUGUUGACUGGUUUAAUGAUAGAUUUAAUGUUUAAUAACCACAUAUGGGAAACGACACAUGGACUCAAGAUUUUAUUGGCUGAAACAGUAAGUUUAAAAAAUACAGAGUUGCUACUGUUUGACAGAUGAUUUUUUUCUUUUGCCAGCCCAGCCAGGGUCAUUUGUUAACAACCUUCAUGAAAUACACACAUCUGUCCUCUAAUUAUGUUUUUUUUUUUCCAAUGCCAGUCUCAACCUCUAGAAUGUUAAUAGGUUAAUCUAGAGCAGUUUUAUUUACAAAAUUACACAAAAGCAAAAACUCAGCUCUUCUUUUUAA